AUGCUACAGCCACGUAUACCUUUCCGGUCCCUGUGCCAAAAAUGUCGACUUUCAUCACCUAGUUUGCGCAGGACCUACGCGCAGGUGCAAGUCAUCGACCCUGCUCGCCCGAGCGGCUCGGUCCCAGACGCUGCCAUGACCGACCUCCCCCUCGCUCAAGCUGACGAUCGAACAUCACUCUCCAAAUUUGAAGUACGGCUGCGGCGAUACACUCCUCGAACGCCGGGCAUUCGCCAUUUGGUCCGUCCGUUGAACGAACAUUUAUGGAAAGGCCGACCGCACUUUCCCCUCACGUUUCCCAAAAAGGGCCAUGGGAAAGGAGGUCGAAAUCAUACCGGUCAUGUAGUGGUUCGACACCGUGGAGGUGGACAUAAGAGGAGGAUACGAAUUGUUGAUUUUGCGAGGCGUACUGGCGGAAAGCAUCUUGUCGAGCGAAUCGAGCAUGACCCGGGCCGCACUGCGCAUAUUGCCCUUAUCAAGCACCUCCAGACCGAGGAGCGGAGUUACAUUCUAGCGGCAGAAGGAUUGCGAGCCGGAGACACAGUUGAGAGCUACCGGUCAGGACUGCCACAGUCGCUAAUCGACGAAAUGGGCGGACAUAUCGACCAGGGUGUCCUAGCUUCCAAAACAGCUCACAGGGGCAAUUGUCUGCAGUUAGGCAUGAUCCCUGUUGGUACUCCAAUAUUCAACAUCACUCCGACGAAAGGCGACAUUGGGAAGAUCUGCCGAAGCGCAGGAACACAUGGGAUUAUCAUCGGCAAGGGAGAGGAUACGGUGCAGAAAGAGAUGAUGAAGUUGAUUGGUGACAACGGCGGCAUGGACUUGUCCACGUUGAGCGUGGAUCAGCUGAGGAAAUUCGAGAAGGCGGCCAACUAUGUAACUGUGCGCCUUUCCAGCGGCGAGGUUCGACUCAUUGACAAAGACGCUGUGGCGACUAUCGGCGUUGCAAGCAAUGUCAACUUCAAAUAUACGUCGCUGGGGAAGGCGGGUCGAUCGCGAUGGCUCAACAUUCGACCAACUGUGCGAGGUGUGGCCAUGAACGCAGCAGAUCAUCCGCACGGUGGUGGUCGAGGUAAAUCCAAGGGUAAUCGCAUCCCUGUGAGCCCUUGGGGAGUUCCUGCGAAAUCUGGCUACAAGACGCGAGACAAGCACAAAGUCAAUCCUCUUGUGGUUACUCAACGUCCCAGAAACCAGGGACGACGGAGAAGAGGUUAUGCGUAG